UUUAGUUCAGUAUGAUUAAUAGAUUAAUUAAUAAACAGGAAGAAUUGUCAGAAAUUAGAAAAUACUUAGUAAAAAAAGGACAAAGUAGAUAUAAGGGUUUAGUAGCAUUUAAUAAGUUAAAAGAAGCUCAAAUUUUGUUUAAUAGCAGUAAGGAGUUAUAUGUUAAUUUAAUUGAAAGUCAAGAUAGGGAAGAAGUUAGGUUAAUUAAUUGUACUUAUGAUAAAAUUUGUUAUUUGUUUUCGGAAAUAACUCAAAUGUGUACUAAUAUAAGAAAAAUGGAGUUUGAUUUAAAGACAGCAUGUGGUUUUAUACCUAUUUUAGAUGGUAAGGAAGAUACUGUAAAACAAUUAAUUGAUGCUGUUGAAAUGUAUUCAGAAAUGUUGUCCGAGGGAGGUCAGCAAUUAUUAAUUAAAUUUGUUCUUAAAGAUGGUCUUAGAAGUGAAAAGUUAAGUACAAUUAUUGCUGCUCGCAACUAUAGUUCACUGCAAGAUGCAAUUCAAGCAGCCAAAGAUGAAUCUGUGCCUUCCAGUUCAGCAGAGGUUUUUAGGAUGACCUCAACUCAUAGAGGUAGGAAUAAUUUUUCAAAAUAUCAUAGGAAAGGCCAAUCUUUUCAAAAUUUUCCUGAAAAUAGUUAUAACAAUAGUAGAUAUUCAAGUCAUUUCACAUCUAAACCACCCCAGUCUAAUUUCCGUGGUAGAUUUCAGAAUUUUAGAGGCAAUCUUAACCAUUACAAUAAGAAUGUGCGGUAUAACCAUAUUAAAAGAAAUAGUUAUUUAGUACAAAAUAAUAAUGAUCAAGUACAAAAUAGUGACAGGUCAGGACAAAAACCACCUGAACUAGAUAAAAAACAGUUUUUUCGUUCUUAAUGAUUUUGUUUUUACCUGUAAUGGAAACUCCAAAUUUAUUAAUUUUUAUAGCAACGGUAGGAAAUUGAUUUUAUUAAUAGAUACUGGUGCAUCCAUAUCAAUCAUUAAAGAAGGAAUACUUUCAAAGGCUUCACAAAUUUUAAAAGAUAAUUUAGUUGUAAAUGGUAUCGGAGGAAAAAUUUACUCAUUGGGUUGCAUU